AUGAAUUGUUGGGCGGCGUAUUCAGGUAUGGAGCGCCCGUAUCCGAAUCCUGAAGACAUACGCCACCUACACACCCUGCAAAGUCUGCUGCCCUAUCUCCAGCCUGAGCGGAAGAUGAACGCGCUCAACGGACCGGUAUUAGACAUUGUAGAACAGGAUACAGGAGUCACGCUGGCCUAUCAGGUGCCAAAGAAGAUGCUUGUGCUAUUCCUGGGUCGCAAGGUGGUCAACAAGUUCAUCCGCACAACACACCGCGAGGACGAUGUGAAUUGGAAGGGCGCACCAGUAUGUCAAGAGAUGGAUUUACCUCGGGGAGUAGCUAGCAAGGCCGCUAUGAAAGCCCUCAUAGCUUGGAUGCUGCGAGCUUGCAACUACCAGACGAUGAGCUCGAUGAAGCAGAUUCGCGUCCCGAAGAACACGUUUGUCGCAUGCUCAUUGGCUCGCACGAUGGAGCUCUUCGAUCUCCACAAAGAUGCAUUAAGAGUAGAUCAUUACAUCGCCGAGUGCCAUCUCGCUCGACCAAUCUUUGCUGUAGAGUUGGAGACGCUCUGGAACUGCCUCGGCAAGAAUAGCCGGUACACCUACGCUGCGAUCAAGACUGUUGGCCAGCGGCUCCGCGAGUUUGAGGCCGAUAGCAAAGGUCAGGAGGUACCGGGAAUCGAUGAAGAUAUGAUGGCUAUGCUGAAGGAGUAUCCGAAUCUUGAAGCGCGCAUACGCGAUCCGGAGGUGAAUGAACAACACCGCCCAGUCUUUAACACCAACUGGAUGAAACGAAUAGGCGAUAAGAACGACCAUUGCCGGGAGGGAAGUGGAAAGCAGUCGAAGAAGAAGUCCUUCAAGCCAGCUGCAAGGCGCUUACAGGAAUACCAGCCAAUAGCAGAACCGGCUGUGGAGCCACAGCUACCGGCCAAUUCAGAAAGCACGGUACGCAAGUUUGCAGUCUUGCGAAUCGUGGCGGAAGCUACGAAAGCAACGACCAGCGACGCGCAAAGCAGUCACGAGCCAGCUGGAAGGGUUGAGAAGCCCUAA